AUGGUGGAAGGUGAGGCCAUGCCGAAACAGGAGAAGCGCGAACCGCCAUCGCUGUCAUUUAGAGAUGCCGUUGCGGGAAAGACGAUCGCGUUCGUUAACCCGACGCUAGGUGAUCAGGACGACGGUGACUCCUCGGAUGAGGAUUCGCAGAGGGAGGAAGAUGACCCUCUGUGUCCGAUCAUCAGGCUAACCAAAGAGGAAAAGGCGGCGAUUAGAGAACCGUGUGGACAAGCACUAAUCAUAAAGGUGUGGGGCAAACGCGUAGGAUAUUCGUUCCUGAUGAGGAAGCUCUGCGCAUUAUGGAGGCCGAAAGGAAGCUUUGAAAUGGUGGCGAUCGACAACGACUACUUCCUCGUCAAGUUUGGAUCCAGAGAUGACCUCGACUACGCCAAAUUCGAAGGGCAAUGGAUGAUCCUCGAUCACUAUCUGAUCGUUAAGGAAUGGAGGCCAAACUUCGAUCCCAUGGCGGAUAAGACUGAGAAAGUCUUGGUAUUCACGCUUAAAGGAAGACGUCGCUCCAUUGCAUAUGAAGGCUUGCACUUGGUAUGUUUUAAUUGUGGGACGUAUGGACAUAGCCAGGAUUUUUGCCCAGCGAUUGUAACCAAUGCUCCAUCUGAGACUGAGGUAAGCCAAGAAGUGCUGGUGAAAACAGCAGCGAAGCAGAACCCUGUGGAGGAGGCGAUGGCGUCGAAACCCUACGGUUCGUGGAUGGUUGUCACCAAGCCGGAAAGGUGCUACACUCAAAGACUAGGGGCACGUGAUCAACGUACGGGAGAGGUAGCGAAGAGCCAAGGUCAGUCAUGGUUUCAACCACUGGAUGGGUUGCGGGAUGAGGAUGGCCUGGAGGGUGAGGCAGGGAACAUGGCGGAUGUUGUAAGGGGGGAUGAAAGGGUGGCGAUCCAGACAGCAGAGAAUAAGAAAGGAAGCCAAACUGUGUCUACCACUAGGAGGCAGCGGAGGGCAAAUGUGGUGGUGCAUGAGAAGCAGAUAGCGAAUCAGAAGGAGGCUACCACCACGAGUGCGGCCAAAGGGAAGGAAAAAGAAAAUGGAUCACACAAGGCUCAAAGAAGUGGACCAAGUCGGGCGGCGGAGGAGGAUGAGCACGUUGUAGUGCUUGGAUCACAAGGAGGCUAG